AUGUCGACAACAGCAGAUCAUAAGCCUCUUAAGAGGACACCGAAGACUCCACAGGUGCCACGGCCGAGCGCGAGUGUCCUUUUGAUUUCCCCCACCAACCAGAUUCUUUUGCUCCACCGUGUCAAGAAAGCGUCCAGCUUCGCCUCUGCACAUGUCUUCCCUGGCGGCGCUUUGAGCAAAACUCACGAUGGUGCAAUACCAGAUGUCAACGAUCCUUUGCGCCACUCUGAUGGCCCUGCCUAUCGCCUCGCCGCCGUUCGGGAAACUUUUGAAGAAUGCGGCAUCCUGCUCGCCAAAUCCAAGAAAACCGGCAAACUCUUCACCGAAAUCAGUGACUCUGAGCGCGAGCAAGGUCGUCACGCCGUGCACUCCGGCAGCAUCAAAUUUACAGACUUGCUAGAGAAAUGGGGCGCUAUUCCCGACACAGAGAGCCUUAUCCCCUUCACCCGUUGGGUGACGCCCCCCAACGUACCCAAACGCUUCUCCACCCAAAUGUACAUUUACUUCCUACCCCUAUCCUCCGUCUCCCCGACGAAAAACCCCGCACAAACAGGAACACCACCAAACUCCGGCCUAGAAGAAGAAGAAGCCGACCUCAUGAUCCCCCACCCCACCCACGACGGCGGCAUAGAACACACCGCCGCCCGCUUCCUCCCCCCCAACAAAUGGAUCAACCUCGCCCGCCAAAACCGCAUCAUCCUCUUCCCCCCACAAUUCCUCCUCACCCACCUCCUCGCCCCCUUCCUCUCCACCACCGUAACCAGCCCCUCUAGCCCCUUACCCUCGACCGCCGAACUCGAGGCCGAAAGACGGCACUGCUUGGCUUUUCUGUCCGCACCCCGCGUCUACGCUGGUGAGACCGAGGUCAGCUGGGCUGAGGCCUGCAUCAGCCCGAUUGUGUUGGGCAGAGGCGAGUAUGGCGAGAGUGGGCAGGAUGGCGUGGGUGGUGUGGAUCGCGAUACGGCAGUUUUGGAUUUGAGUCGGCCGGGGGAAGAGGUGGAGGUUUUGGGGGGAGGGAGGAGGGGUAUUAGGGAGUGGGUUGUUACGACGCGGUUUAAGCGCGAGGGGCCGAGGGAUGUGGAUGUUAGGAGGAGAGAGGAUGUUUUGGGUGGGAAGAGGAAGUUGUAG